AUGGCUGCUAAUGCAAUUAAAAAAGUUAUGCCUAUGUUGGAUCGUGUUUUGGUACAACGUGCCGAAUCAAUGGCUGCAACUGAAGGCGGUAUCGUGUUGCCGGAAGGUGCGCGUAGCAAAAUGAUGCAGGGCACUGUCAUUGCCGUGGGACCGGGAGCUCGAAACAAUAAAAAUGAACAUAUCACUCCUUUAAUUAAGCAAGGUGAUCGAGUUUUAUUGCCCGGAUAUGGCGGUACACGAGUCAAAAUGGAAGAUGGCAAAGAAUAUAUUCUCUUCCGUGAAUCCGACAUAUUAGCAAAAUAUGAAUAG